GUGCAGCAGGACAGCAGCGCGAGGGGGGCGUGCCGCUCAUACAGAGUCUUAGGCAUCGGUUGCAUACUAUAAUGACUUAAUAAAAUAUUAAAUAAGCCAUAUAAUUCCUUAAAAAGAGUUUGUUCUCCAACAGCACAUCACCAUUUGUCGUUUGGGAUCUUUUCAACGUUUUCCAAUGAACUGUACCAGGGUACUGCAGAUCUUGAAUCCAAGACCAAUGCCAAGUCCAAUCAUGCCUGUCGAUGUUGCCAUGAGGAUCUGUCUGGCACACUCGCCGCCCCUCCGCAGUUUCCUCAGCUCGUAUGAGGACUGCAAGUCUAGAAGCCUAGUCAAUCAGUACAAACCUCUGAGGCCAUGCAUCAGCUCCAAAACAGACGUAGAAGCUUCCAGCCUGGGAUGGAAGAGUCCCAAGGCCAAAGCCAAGAAGAGAGUGGUUUUUGCUGAUUCCAAAGGCAUGUCACUUACAGCCAUUCAUGUAUUUAAGGAAUUUGAGGAGGACCCACUAUCAGACUUGCAGUUUGAAUUGUCCGACUUGGAAAACGCCAUCGUGGGCCUUAAAGUGGAGAAAGAGAAGAGCUUGGUUUUGGACUUUCCUCAGCCCGCCGCAGACUACCUGGACUUCCGGAAUCGACUCAAGAAGAACUUCGUGUGUUUGGAGAACUGCAUAAUCCAAGAAAAAUCUCUCACAGGCACAGUCAAAGUCAGCAAUGUAAGCUUCGAGAAAUCUGUCAAUGUACGGAUAACAUUCGACUCAUGGAAAAGCUACACAGACGUUACUUGUACGUACAUGAAUAAUGUUUAUGGCUGCUCGGACGUUGACACCUUCUCCUUUACCAUCGACCUCCCGAGUUUAUUGCCCCAAAAUGAACGAGUGGAGUUCUGCAUAUUCUUCGAAACCCAAGACCACACGUUCUGGGACAAUAAUGAUGGGAAGAAUUACCAGUUGAAACAUGCUGAGUGUGAUGUUGAUCAGGCAAACCAUGUCGUUCAGAAGACAACACCGGAAAUCAAGGGCCAGGGCAAGAGGCCAGAAAUGGAGUUUGAUCAGUAUGGGAGUCCCAGGACGUCCAGUGGCUUCUUUCCAGAGUGGCAGAGCUGGGGUCACAUUGAGAGCACCACCCCUUAUUGGUGAUAACACAGAGCACCUCUCACAAAAAAAAAAAAAAAAAAAGGAAAAAAAAAGAAAAAUUCUGUAGGUAAAGCUAGUAGUGCACAGGAGGUAGUGCAGAAAGAACAUUGUGUUCAUUUCAGAGACAACCCAGCUGUGUGUUGUUCGACUCUAAACGAAACACAAAGAAAAACAGAGUCAAAAUGUUUGAAAAAUUAAUGCAAACCUCAAGAAAAUCCAAUAUUUGAGUGAUUUAAAAAAAACAAAACAUACUCACAUUGGCUUUAUUUCUUUCUUUUUUUUUUAAUAACUAGCCUUUGGUUAUGAGCUGUAGCAUGAUAUGUUGGGUUAUGAAUUUAGCUAAAAAUGACAGAUUUGGAUUUAAGAAAAUUUUGAGGGAAGACAUUGUCACUUUAAGUAGAGGACUAACCAUUUUAACAUUGAUAAAGGCUUUUGAAGUUCUUUUGACUGAAUAUGGUACUCAUGUUAAAAUCCAGUACAAUGUCUGUUAGUUUUAAGUUUUGUGGGUUUUUCUUUU